AUGUGGAGUUAUCCCGCCGAGUCAACCGCGGCCGAUCCUCUCUUUGACGGCGGUGGUAUGGCGGACAAGGGAAUCGUCUUUGUCAACUAUAAUUACCGCACUGGCCCGUUUGGCUGGCUCGCCCAUUCCCAGCUCUCGGAAGAAUUCGAGAAGGUGACCGGGUCUAAUAGCUCGGGCAACUGGGGGAUGCUGGAUCAGUUUGCUGCCUUGAAAUGGAUUCAUGCCAACAUCGAGGCCUUUGGAGCCACUCAGCACAUCUUGUACAGCAAUUUGACCCGUGAUCUGAUUGUCGGCGCCAUCAUUGAGAGCGGUGUCCGGGACCCCCACGACCCCCUGUGCACCAGCCUCGCCGAAGCCUACACCACGCUGGAAGAUGCGCUGGGGGACGUUUCCAGCAUCGCCGAAGCCCGCAACCUCAGCAUGGAGGCAUUGAUCGACGGGGCGACCGGCACAACCCGUGAUGACACGAUCAUGUUUGAGGCCGUCCUGGAUUAUUACGCGAUGCCGGACACCUACCUCAACAUCCUGAUGAACGGCCUGGCUCAUGACGUCCCAGUCAUCACUGGAAACAACAAGGACGAAAAUGGCGCUACCUAUGGCCUUGAUAUUUCGCACGCGGAAUAUCUGCAGGACCUCAAUUAUGUGAAGUUUCAGUGCCGAACCGUGCAUUACUAA